AUGGGUUCUCAAAUCGACGAGAGGGACUUCACGUCUCUUCUUCCCGAGCUGACCUUGGAGGAGAAGAUCGCCCUUCUUUCUGGCCGCGAUUUCUCCACGGCAGCAGGCGUUCCUCGCUUGAAUAUACCUCCCAUCAGAGUUUCGGACUCCAUUGCCGGAGUGCGCCCUUCAGGCAUCACAGCUGAUAUGACGACCGCUUGUUUCCCCAACGCAUCUUGCAUGGCCUCGACAUGGGACGCCGAGCUGCUUGUUCGGUUGGGCGAGGAACUCGCCAACCAAGGGCGUCUGAAGAGUUCACAGAUCGUCCUGGGCCCCAACAUCAACAUGCACCGAGACCCUCGCGGUGGUCGCAACUUCGAGUGCUUCAGCGAGGAUCCGGUGCUAGCCGGUCAGCUUGCAGGCGCAAUCGUCAACGGUAUUCAGAAGGAUGGCGUCGGCGCGUGUCCCAAGCACUUUGUCUGCAACGACUCAGAGACACAGAGACACUUCUACGACGUUCAAGAGUCGGUUGAUGGCCGCACAUUGAGGGAGAUAUAUCUCGCAUCGUGGCAACAUAUGCUGCGCACAUCGGACCCGGUUGCGAUUAUGACUGCAUACAACAAGGUCGAGGGCACAUUUUGCAGUGAGCACGAGCCUCUCAUCGAACGAGUCCUCCGAAAAGAAUGGGACUUCAAAGGAAUCACCAUGAGCGACUGGUUCGCUGUCCACGACACGGUUGCGCCCAUCAAGGCGGGACUCGAUCUUGAGAUGCCCUUCCCCAUAUUCAGGGGUGGAAGGCUAGCAGAGGCUGUCAAGUCCGGCAAGGUCUCUGAAGCAGAGAUCGAUGCCAGAGCCCUCAAGAUGCUAGACCUCCGAAAUCGCACGAGGAAGUGUCUCGGUGAGAGGCCAGAAAGGUCUGAGAUUACUGAGAAGACAAACAACCUAUCGCGCGAGAUUGCGACAGGUGGCAUCGUGCUCCUUAAAAACGAGAGCGAGGCGCUUCCUUUGGACCCCUCAAAGACCACCAAGGUGGCGCUGAUCGGGGAGUAUGCCGGAUCACCUGUUGUUACGGGCGGAGGAAGCGCGUCAUGCACGCCUCAGUACAGGCACUCGCCGCUACAAGUUUUGAAGAAGGCGUUCCCUGGAGAUGAUGGCGUUCGAUACGCCUCCGGCGUCCGCACAAGGCGAAUCAUUCCUGUGGCCCCGGCGUCGAAGCUUACAUCCCAAGACGGACGUCACGGCGUCGAUAUCAAGUACUUCAACAACGACUCACCAGAGCCGAUCCUGGAGGAGUUCCAGGAGAAGGCCGAGUCCUGGAUGCUGGGCGAAUUCAAGGCCGGGCUUAAGGUCCCCGGAUCUCACCUUCAAAUCACGACCAAACUGACGCCCGAGACUACAGGGGAGCAUACCCUUGCUGUGCGAACCACUGGAGACUUCUCCCUCACUGUCGAUGGAAAGGAAGUCCUCUCAGGUCCCCAGAAAAACAUCGCCACCGAGCAGUUCAUCUUCAAUCACAUUAAGCUCGAGAACCGUGUUCAAAUUUCUCUUAACGCUGGCCAAGCCUACGACAUCAAGCUGAGCAUGAAGUCACCGGAUCGCCUAGUCAAGGGCGAGCCGACUCCAUAUGCAGCCACCCUCUGCUUUGAAGAAUUCUACUCCGAGGAAGCUGCCAUUGCAGAGGCAGUUGAGCUGGCAAAGACAUCAGAUGUCAGCAUCAUUUAUGCCGGACGCAACGACCAGUACGAGUCUGAGGGCUACGAUCUGGAAGACAUCCGCAUGCCAGAGAACCAAGUCGCAUUGAUCAAGGCCGUUGCAGCCGCAUCCAAGAAGACGGUCCUCGUGCUGCACUGCGGUAACCCCAUCGACGUCAGCGCCAUCGUUGGUGAUGUCGAUGCUGUCUUGGCUGCUCAUUUCCCUGGUCAGGAGGGAGCGCAAGCAGUGGCGGACCUCCUGACGGGUAAGACGAACCCUAGCGGGCGCCUCGCAACAACGUGGUUCAAGACGUUGGAGGAUUGCCCUAGCUUUGGUAACUUUCCCGCCACCGAGUCGGAAGAGGGCAAUGUAUCGAUCCGAUACUCGGAAGGUCUUGGCGUCGGGUAUCGGCACGCCGAAGCAGAGAAGCGCACGAGAUGGGGCUUCGGCUACGGUCUCUCCUACACAUCCUUCUCUUACUCUGAUCUGGUUACAACGGUUGACGAGGCUUCUGGCGUUGCCAAGCUAAGAUGCUCAGUCAAGGUAACCAAUACGGGUUCUCGUGCUGGAAAGGAGGUUGUGCAAUUCUUCAUUACACCAUCAAAGGACAGCUCGGUGUGGAGGCCGGCGCGUGAGCUAAAGGGCUUCACCAAAUUAGAUCUACAGCCCGGAGAAUCAAAGGAGGCCAAGGUAGAAAUCGACCUGCGAGUGGCUGGCAGUUAUUGGGAUGAAACUCUAAAGGCGUGGAAGCUCGAGAAGGGGUCAUACGGAGUACAGGUGGGAGGCUCCCAAGCAUCUUUUGAGGUUACGGCGGAGGCUGUUUGGAAUGGACUGUGA